AUGGGUGCUUAUGUACAUCUCGCGCUCUGGUUCGCCUUGGUAUGGCUGCUUGAACUAUUGGGCAUGGCCAAAUGCUGGGGAAAUUAUAACGCCAUGCUAUUUGCCCAUGUCCCCAGAGAUGAUCUCGGUGAUGCCACCAAGGCACAACAGCAAGAGGCAACAUCAGCUCGACACGUUGCAACGACAACCCAGCAACGCCGAACGGGCCGUCUUGUCCUUCUCUGCUUCGCUGACUCGAAGCAUACCUUUGGUGCGCGUGCCACAACAGAUGCAGGCAGGUCAAGAAUCCAGCCAACCAUGGGCGCAAAUGCCCACGCGCCGCCAUGUGUUGUAACGGCAUGGAUUCGACGAUGGGACUAUGCUGCGGCCAAAAAGGCACAUAUGCUGGCUUCGAAGCGGCCCAUUGGCGUCUCGAGAACCACAGAUGCCUGCCGGUCUGGACGGUGUGGUGGUGGCGCAAUUCCCGGCCUGUUGACGACUCCCGCAUUUACCUCCGUUCCUCCUGACAGCGGCGCCGUUAUACCAAGACCAAAUUUGGAUGCAGAACGUGCAACCCUUCUUGAUGAAUCGCAAGAAACCUGUACUAAUAACCGUGGCUUUGGUUCAAGGAUCCGCAAGGUCCGUUGUGACGAAACAUGGCCGACCUGUAAUAACUGUAAACGAACCGGCCGCGAGUGUGAUGGCGUCGGUCAGCCCGUUAUGAAAGAGCCCAACAGCUUCACCUUCAUCCAGCCCUUGACGCUUUCUCACUUCCAACCCUCGAGAAUCAGCAGCCUCGACCACGAAGAGCAACAGUGCAUGGAAGCCUUUCGACACCGCCUCGUCUAUUGUAUUAUGGAAGACGUAGGCCGGCCAUCCUUAAAGGGCCUCAUGCUGCAGGCUGCCUAUGAAGAACCGGCGUUUUUAAAAGCCGUCAUCGCUUUCACCGUGUUGUGUGAUGCCUACGACGAGGCUAAGAGGGCGAUGACGGUGUGGGAUCCAAAAGCGACAGAGGUCUCGGAAGACGUGCAGCUUGCUAUUCUUAAUUAUCGCACGUGUAUACACAAAAUGCAGAACAUGAUUCCGAACGGCGACGGACGAUCCAUCAAUGUCAUCUUGUUGUGUACGAUUGUGUGCAUCUGCUUUGAGCUUCUCAUGAGAAAUCCCGAGAUGGCUCUCUGUCAUUUGGACCAUAGCCUUCAAAUUCUUAACUCCAAUGCCGACUCGAUUGAUCAAGAUUUGGUUCUGGCUUUCACCAGGCUUGACCUGCAGGUCUCCGUCUUUCUUGGCAUGCGAUCGCCCCUAAUGGCUCUAAAUAUCACAGAAUUGGCGGAUUUCAGUCUCAAAAAAGUCUCUAGAGACCCAGAGAGCGAGCUUGCGGGUCUAAUAGGCUCAGUGUUCACCUUUCUCCGACUUAAAGCAGACGACUACCGCUAUCGAGUCCCGGGAUCGAUCCCACUCGACCUUCUGUUAGAAGCCAAGUUGCUGGAAGAUAAACUACAUCAAUUCCGAAAACAAUACCUCACGCCCGGCUCCAACGGAGACUGGCUAUCCCCCGCCGGAGAAGCCCACCUACGAGUCAAAUGCCUCACGGGCAUCAUUCUCGUGGCCACGUCAUUGUACACUGAGGAAGCAAUAUACGACCAAUUCACCUGUGAUUUCCUCGCUAUAGUAGACAGCGCGUCCGAAAUACUCAGCCCGCUUCCCGUGAGCCCCAUCUCAGACGGGGGCAGUCCACGGCAACACGUAGAAUUUGCUCUCGACAGGGCCAUCAUACACUCCUUAUAUAUCACUGCCUUAAAAUGCAGAAGCUCGCUCAUUCGCCGACGAGCAAUUGAACUGCUACAGAUAACACCUAGCCUUGGGGGUUCAUGGGAUGCAAUGACCUAUGCCAAAAUAGCAGAGCGCCUGAUGCAGUUGGAGGAGGCGUGUUUGGAAGAGCCGCAGCCAACCGAUCCAGCAGUUGUGCCAGAAUGGUGCCGUAUUCACUCGGUAGAUAUUUAUCCCCAAAGCAGUGGAAAAUUUGUGAAGGUUCGAUUUCGAUUUCGACCUAAUGGUAUGGAUGGGGAGUGGAGCGACUUUUCAGAGACGAUAGCUUGGUGA